CAAGGCCCAUGAACAGGUGAAUUGCAUUACCUGUUCUGCCCCUCGCCCCUCCCCAACUUCCACUUCAAAAUGUGCCGCUCUAGCUGCGUCCCUUCCCCCAAUCCAAACAAAACCCAAACCGCCCAAAACCCUUCCCCCUCCUCUCUCUCUCUCUCUCUCUCUCUCUCUCCCCCUCACCUCAACCCUUCCAAGGUCCUCUCUCUCUCUCCCCCUCACCUCAACCCUUCCAAGGUCCUCCCAUGGCGACGGUUCCCCAACAUUGUUCCGCACGAGGUUCUUCCCCCCACCUCCUCCUCCCGCUUCCUCCACCGCCACCGGGCGGCGCCUCCGCUCGUGCUACGCGCGUCGUCGUCGUCGAGGCCCUCGGCCGUGGCGGCUGAGGCGGAGGGGAAGAGGCCGCUGAGGGGGAUCAUGAAGCCUCGGCCGGUGUCCCCGGCAAUGCAAGCCCUCGUCGGGGUCCCGGAGAUCCCCCGCACCCAAGCCCUAAAGCUCAUCUGGGCUUACAUCAAGCAACACGAUCUCCAGGAUCCAAAGAACAAAAAGAUUAUCAUUUGUGAUGAGAAGCUGAAAAACUUAUUCGGAGGGAGAGAGCGUGUUGGGUUUCUUGAGAUCUCAGGGUUGCUUAAUCCGCAUUUUGGAAAAUGAUAUGUUCUCCUAAAACCCUGCUUUUUUGUAAAUGAAACUAGAUGCUUGCCAAAAUGUCUCGUUUGGUUAUUUUACUGAUACUAUGCUUUUUGCUUUGUUAGAUUCAUGUUUUGUAUUCUGCUACCGAUCAUAUUGUAUCUUCAAAGUAUUCAGGAUCAGUAGUCAUGCCUUGCUAAUUAGGUGUCGGCAUUAUGCAAUGAGCCUGAUGUUUGCAAAUGCUUAUAUUAGCACAUUUGGUGAUUUUUAGAGCAACACUCGUGAUUAGAUAAACUUAAAAAAUUUACUCUUUCAAUCAUUCUUUUUUUAUUUCCUCUGCUAUGUAGGGUCGGUGAGUAAUAGUUUUACAGCUGCAUAGAAUAAGUGAGAUUUGGCAUGAAAAUAGGAAAAAGUCUAGAAUGCAUCUGAUAUUGCGGCCCUAACCAAUCAGAUCCUUUCUCUUGGAUCCACCCAUCCAUUAUGGUUAUUAGAAAAAUAUUUUUAUUGUGUUUUGCUUUUGAUGUGGUGUGAGUGUUACGACGUAGACUUUAAUGAAAAUAGAGGGUGAAUAAAUUGGAGAGUGGUAAUAAGUUGUUCAUUGUUUGUUGCUUAAAUUCCCCUAUAUCUAUCUUUACCUGCAUUGAAUGCAUCAAUUCCACAUAGAUAGAUACACUUGUGUGUCGAAACAAUUGCGGUCCUCAUGGAUCGACCUAAUUUCUGAGAGGCAUUAAUGUUCCAUGUGCUCCUGUUUUGGUUAUUUUUUCCAAAAAAUCUUUGUAACAGCUAUUUAUUAGCUACUUGUAACGAUGGCAUUUAUUCCUCUCAUAGCAAAAAUAUUACCUGGUUGAGAAGAUGA